UUAUCUCCCUCCCUUAUCUCCCUCCUUAUCAUUCCAGCUACGUGGUGGUGAUGCCCAAGAAGCGCCAGGCCCUGGUGGAGUUUGAGGACAUCCUGGGUGCCUGCAAUGCCGUUAAUUACGCGGCUGACAACCAGAUUUACAUUGCUGGCCAUCCGGCCUUCGUCAACUAUUCCACCAGCCAGAAGAUAUCGAGGCCUGGGGACAGCGACGACUCCCGCGGCGUCAACAACGUGUUGCUCUUCACUAUUCUCAACCCUAUUUACUCUAUUACAACGGAUGUGCUCUACACCAUCUGCAACCCCUGUGGCCCCGUGCAGAGGAUCGUUAUCUUCAGGAAGAACGGAGUCCAGGCGAUGGUGGAAUAUCCUUUGAUGCAUCAGAGCAACUCAGUCGUGUUCUGCUGCUAUGGGGCUGAUCAGAACCAGCUCAAAUGGAGCUAUGGGGCUGCUCAGAACCAGCUCAAAUGGAGUACAUUCCAGGGCUGUGUGUUAUUGAAAGAGAUGGAAUUGGGUUGGGGGGGGGGGAAUACACUUAUUAAGACCAAGAACAUUACACCUUGUGUGCUUAUUAAAACCGAGAACAUCACACCUUGGUGGCAGCUCAUUAAGACCAAGAACACCAAGAACAUCACACCUUGUGAGUUCAUUCAGACCAAGAACAUCACACCUUGGCAGCUUAUUAAGACCAAGAACAUCACACCUUAUGAGCUCAUUAAGACCAUCACACCUUGGCAGCUCAUUCAGACCAAGAACAUUAAUACCGAGAACAUCACACCUUGUGAGCUCAUUAAGACCAAGAACACCAAGAACAUGACACCUUGGUGGCAGCUCAUUCAGACCAAGAACAUUAAUACCGAGAACAUCACACCUUGGCAGCUUAUUAAGACUUGGUGGCAGCUCAUUCAGCCCAAGAACAUUAAGACCAAGAAUAUCACACCUUGUGAGCUCAUUCACACCAAGAACAUCACACCAUGGCACCUUAUUAAGACCAAGAACAUGACACCCUGUGAGCUUAUUAAGACCAUCACACCUUGGCAGCCCAUUCAGACCAAGAACAUUCAGACCAAGACCAUCACACCUUGGCAGCUUAUUAAGACCAAGAACAUGACAGUUACCAAGAACACCAAGAACAUCACACCUUGGCAGCUUAUUAAGACCAAGAACAUUAAGCCCAAGAACAUCACACCUUGUGAGCUCAUUCAGACCAAGAACAUCACAGCUUGGCAGCUUAUUAAGACCAAGAACAUUAAGACCAAGAACAUCACACCUUGGCAGCUUAUUAAGACCAAGAACAUUAAGACCAAGAACAUGACACCUUGUGAGCCAGGUGGGAAUCCUAACAAACGCCAACGGCAGCCCCCUCUACUGGGAGACCACCCUGCAGAGUAUGGAGGACCCCACGGUGGAUACCACGGGCACUACCAUGAUGAGGGUUACGGCCCCCCGCCGCCCCAUUACGAAGGGAGGAGGAUGGGACCCCCAGUUGGGGGGCACCGUCGUGGGCCCAGUCGUUAUGGACCCCAAUAUGGACACCCACCGCCCCCCCCGCCGCCCCCCGAGUACGGCCCCCACGCCGACAGCCCCGUGCUGAUGGUUUAUGGCCUGGAUCAGUCCAAGAUGAACUGCGACCGCGUCUUCAACAUCUUCUGCCUCUAUGGGAACGUCGAGAAGGUCGGGAGGGUGGGAAGACCCCCAUUAUCCCCCCUUUAUACCUCCCUUGUCCCCCCUUUAUACCCCCUUUGUCCCACCUUACCCCCCUUUAUCUCCUCCAUAUCCCCCCCAU